CGGUCUCUUCGGUGGCGCACUUUCAGUGCGGUUAGAGUAGCGUUCGAGUGCGGGAGGAACAAUUGCCGUCGCGCGGUGGUUUUUGUUGUUGUUGUUUUCGGGUUCGUGGUUUGUUUUUUCUUUUAUUCGUUGACGGUUUCUGGUGUUUUCUAUUGUGUGAUUCGCGAGUUCCUCGCGAUUAUCGCGUGUGUCUGCGGGAGCUGUCACCGGAGUACAAGACUGCACGCCAGGUCGAAGCCCACCCUCGAGGAUUACAUCAUCGACAUGGAGACGCGACCGCCCGACAGUGGCCGCGGCGAGGCGGACAAGGACGUCUGGGCCCAGCUGCACCAGAAGGAGGCCGACCUGCUGCUGGCGGCCGAGCUCGGCAAGGCGCUGCUCGAGAAGAACGAGGAGCUGCAGAAGCAGCAGGAGAAGCUCAUCGACGACUACUCGGUGAAGCUGGAGAAAUUGGAACAGGACAAGUACAUCCUCAAGCGCCAGCUGGAAAUAACCUCGAGCGAAAACGAUGCCGUCAUCCUGGAACUGCAGGCGGACAUCAAGUCCUUCAAGGAGAAGCUGGAAGCGCAGGAACAGGUGAUGCGAGCGAUGGAGCGCGAGAAGAACCUGCUGAUCGAGGAACUCACCGCCCAAAACACGAGGCUCUCGAACGAGCUUAAAAAGUCCAACGCCGCCGAACUCCAGCUCUCGGCCCAGCUGCAAGAAAUCAAAGAACAGUGCAAUCGACGUACCCUCAGCAUACAGGACCACGUCAACAGUCUCGACAGCCUCAAGAACGAACUCCGGCUGAUCCUGGAGAAGAAGAAUGACCUCGAGAACCGGCUGCACAUGUCCGUCAACGAAAAGGAGAACCUCUCGAUUGCGCUGAACGAAGCGUCCGAGCGGAUACACAUCCUGGAGCGGAGCACCAAGGAGCAGGACACCAAGUACCAGAUGACCGUCCAGACGUUGGACCGGUUAGAGCGGGAAAAUGGAACGCUUAGCGAGCGGCUCGAAUCGUUCGACUCGCAGCGAUCGGGAGGAAGCAGCGGCGAUCACGCCAAUCAUUCGUCGCUGCUGCAGGAAAUGUGCGGCGAGGAUGAGUCGAUGAUGAUGGUGGGCGGAGGGGGAGCAGGGGGAGCGGGCGUUCCGGCCAGUGUGAAGGACGAGGCGACGCUGCUGCUGUACAAGGAGGCACAGUCGGUGUAUCGGCAGCUGAAGACGCUGUGUCAGACGCUGCGGAGUACGCAUCACGAUGAUGAUUCGGGCCUCCACUCGGACAUGUCCUUCUCCUCGAUGGACAACACGUCCUCGUCGGCGCCCCAAUCGGUGGAUGCUGGCCCAAACGCCGGCGCCAACUCCAUGCUGGGAGGUGGCAGUCUGCGCCCGUCCGGCGGUGGUCUCGGCCCCAACAGCAACGGCCAGGACAAGUUCGUGCGCGGAAUGCUAUCCUCAGCGGCCGACGAACUCGUGCACAUCAUCAUGAACAUGGACGCGAUGCAGUUCAAAACGAUGUUCGAGCAGACGCGCGCCAUGCUGAUCGACCAGGAGGACGAGCUCAAGAAGAAAACCGAGCUGAUCCGGGCGCUGGAGAGCAAGAUCUCCGGCCAGGACAUCGAGCUGCAGAGUGCAAUCGAGGAGCGGAACCAGGCGCGGGACGACGCGUCCCACUCGAGUCUGGCCCAGGACGAGACGGUGGUGCAGGCGCGAGCCGAUCGGGACGCGGCCAUCGAACGGCGGACAAAGGCCGAGGUCGAGCUGGCGAAGAACCGGGUCGAGCUGAUGCAGGCCAACAGCCAGCUGCUGGAGGCCAUCCAGCAGAAGGUGGAACUGCUGCAGCAGCUCGAGCAGUGGCAGAUCGACAUGCACGAGCUGAUCGAGGAGCAGAUGAAGAAUAAGCUUAGCAACGAAACUAGUACAAAAGGGCAGAACCAGUCGCAGUCGUCGCAGCAAGCCGCGGGUUCCGCGCAGUCGUCGUCGGGCGGUUCGUCCGCUGGAAAUCGCAAAAGCCGCCUGCUAGAUCUGUUCUACCAUCGAUGAGAUCGCGCAGUGUGCGUCGAUCAGAGACCAAAAAAAACCGGGCUACUGCGAUCAGGUGGGGAACGAUUCAACUUUGCAUUUAUGUUCGACCUUUCCCCCCUCCAUCCCCCUCCCAACUGUAACUGUUUUGAAUCGUUCAUCCAAGCAACCGCGCUUCCUCGCGAGUGUCGGUGCUCCUCCCCCACGCAAAAUCAGCCUACUACGAUGGCUCAUGUGAUAAACGAGAUCGAGAACUGAGAGAGCCUUGAUUGAAAAGUCCGCAAAAGCCUUGCGAAAACAGUAUUUUUGUAUGAAAGACGAACUACUAACAAGAGUAACAUAAUCAACAGUUUUAACCACCCAUAACAAAAAAAAAAACAUUUAAGCGAAAAAUAACACACAUUCACACACACAUAUCCAGACUCCCGUAAUCAAAUGUCAAUCUGUGAAAUGAAAAUAUCACACACACAAAAAACGAACCUGCUUGCAGAACUUCAACAAAAAAAAAGAAAUCGCAAACGAAUUGUGUACUAACUUAAAACGUGUAAUUUAUGUAGAUGUUCAUUCUUACCUACACCCCGUGUAACCAAAAAUUUGUAUUGUGAGAAGCAAAAAUCCUAAAAUUCCACAGUGAAAAAAAAUUUAACCGUGGAAAAUUGAUUUAAUUGUAGCGAAAUAAAUCGAAAACAGUGACAGCAACUGAUUGCAACGAGAAUGCCUUGGUAAUGCCUAAAUUAAAACAUUUAAAAAACCAGCAACGCAAAACGCUACUGAAACUAUUACUUCUAAGCGGCCUUUUUCCAAACCCAAUCAAAAAAUGUUUUGGCGAGAAAAAUUAAACGGUUGUAAAUAAUAUUUCUUGUUUUUUUUUUUUUUUGUUUCUGUGGAAAGUAAAAAGCUGCGCAUAUCCAUUUUAAGCUGUUUGGCGAAAUUGAAAAAAUGUUUGAAGGCCCCAAGAGGAUAAUUUAUAUCAUAAUAUAUAUAUGUAUGUAAACAACUCUAGCCGACUAGACGAAUGGAACACGUUAAAGCUGAGAUGAGGUCAUGCCGGAGGUAACUAAUCUUUAAAUAAUGAAAAAAACAACUACUGUAACCUCUGCUGUUGUUUACUGUAUGAUGGCAACUGUGGAGAGAAAUGAUAGAAUAAAGUAAUAUGAUGAGAUUACAAAA